AUGCAACGGUUUCGGGAAGUUAGGUUUCUAAAACCUAACUUCCUGAAACCUAACUUCCUGAAACCUAACUUCCCGAAACCUAACUUUCCGAAACCUAACUUUCCGAAACCUAACUUCCUGAAACCUAACUUUCCGAAACCUAACUUACAGUUUUGGAAAGUUAGGUUUCCGGAAGUUAGGUUUCGGGAAGUUAGGUUUCCGUUAGUUAGGUUUCCGAAACCUAACUUCCCGAAACCUAACUUUCCGAAACCUAACUUUCCGAAACCUAACUUCCUGAAACCUAACUUUCCGAAACCUAACUUACAGUUUUGGAAAGUUAGGUUUCAGGAAGUUAGGUUUCCGUUAGUUAGGUUUCCGAAACCUAACUUCCCGAAACCUAACUAUCCAAAACCUAACUUCCUGAAACCUAACUUUCCGAAACCUAACUUCCUGAAACCUAACUUUCCGAAACUG